UAUACGCGAACGUUGUCCAACAAACAUGAUGACUUCGUGCUGAGCGCUGUUGCAUCUAAAAUCGGGCGCGGGAAGAACGUCGCGGUUCUCGUGUUUUCGUUAAUCGCUUCCGGGAACACGUCGCAUAGUUUAUCGCGCAUCCGGCCGUGGAAACUGCAAUCCUCGUGUGCAAGAUGUAGUCAGUUGCGCCGCACGUCAUCGUCGGAAAUUCGCGUGCCAAUCGCUAUCGCGUACUUCUAACCUACUCGCGACGCUACAAUUCUCGUACGCGCGCGCUGUGAUCUUUGACGUUUGUGCACUGACUGCAGUGUAUUUGUUUCUGAGCAGUCGUUGGAGGCUGGAGCUUUCCGCUGGCUAGGAAAGCAACACAGGAGUCAUGGCUGCGGAGAAAAUGAGUCAAGGGAGGAAGAGGAAGAAGGCGUCCGAACCUGAGGAAUCGUCGCAAGCUAAGCGCGCCAGGGACAGUCAACCUUCGAGUCAGGAAUCAUCUUCCAGCUUCCUUGAAGAUAAUGACAAUAAGCAUGAAGCUGGACGAAUCAAAAAGAUAUGCAUGAAAAACUUCAUGUGUCACAGUUUGAUGUCAGUAGAUUUGAAUCAGAAAGUUAAUUUCAUUGUUGGAGCAAAUGGCAGUGGUAAAAGCGCCAUACUUACUGCAUUAACAGUAGGUUUAGGAGCUCGAGCAAAUGUCACUAACAGAGGACCAUCAAUAAGAGAAUUUAUUAAGAAGGGUAAAAGCUCUGCUGCGGUAGAGAUUACAAUCACCAAUGAAGGACCAAUGGCUCACAAGUAUGAUACAUAUGGACCUGAGAUUACAGUUAUACGAAAUAUAGGUGCUACUUCGUCAUACAAAAUCAAAAACUAUGAAGGCGUACUUAUUUCUACAAAACGAAACGAGCUUGAAAACAUUGUUCAGGCGUUAAACAUUCAAGUAGAGAACCCUAUUUCAGUCUUAAAUCAAGACGUUUCAAGAAAUUUCUUGGCGGUAAAUGAUUCUAAAGCCAAGUACAAACUAUUUAUGAAAGCUACAAGACUAGAUUUCAUUGGCAAGAAUUACAGGGUUGCUUAUGAAGCUAGUGAAAUCGCGUCCCAGCGUUUAGAAGAAGAUAGGAAAGUCUUGCUUGAAAAUGAAAAGGAAAUAGAAAAAAUUAAGAAGAAAUUGAAGACACUAGAAUCUCUAGAUGACCACAAACUAGAAUAUGAAGCUUUGCAAAAAGAAUUACAAUGGGCUUUUGUGAUACAAGAAGAGAAAAAAUUGCUGCAAAUAGAUGUCAAAAUUAAAGAACAAGAAAAGGUCAUUGAUAAACUCCAAAAUCUUGAGCAAACAAAAGCUUCAAAAGAAAAAGAAAUCGAUGACAAAAUAGAGAACUUCAAUCAAGAAAUAAAACAAAAUGAAGCUGAGGCUUCUGAAUCUACAUCCAAGCUUAAAGAGAUUAAUGACCAAUUUUUACAAGCUAAAAAGAUUUAUGAUGAAAAAAGAGAUAAAGCAAGAAAUUUUCAUGCUGACAUCAAACGUAAGGAAACCGAUAUUGCUACACUACAGAAUGAAAUAGCAAAACUUGAAAGAGAGCAUAGUGUAGCUGGGGAUAAAAGACAACAAGCAAGACAAAGAUCAUCCGAAGUUGAACAACAACUUGAUGAAAUAGAAGCUACAUUAAGAACAAAACAAACCGAUCUGAUGCAUUUGGAAGAAAAUAAAAGACGUAUUGAACAAAAUGAAAACAGACUUAAAAUUAAUCUGAAUUCUAAAAGUGAAAAUCUUAAUGUUCUCAAGCGCAGAUUAAAUAGUUUUCAAAAUCAACCGAACGAUGCACUAACUGUUUUUGGAGCAAAUAUGCCACGACUAAUUAGAAGAAUUGAAGAAGAACAUAACAGAGGAAGGUUUAGGCAGAAACCUCUUGGACCUAUUGGUUCGUUUAUUAAGGUGAAAGAUUCCUCGUGGAUUCCAGCCAUAGAAAGUCACCUUGGAUUCGGCACUCUCUCUUCUUUUUGCGUGGAUAAUACUCAAGACGCUAAAGUAUUAGAAAUCAUUAUGAAAGAAGUGUACCGUAAUGAUAAACUUCCAGCAAUAUUGAUUAGUAAAUUCAUUAAUCAAGUGCAUGAUGUACGAGAUGGUUGUGUUAACUCACCAAAAUAUUCAAAUUUACUUCAAAUUAUGGAAAUAACUAAUCCAAUCAUAGCUAAUUCCCUAAUUGAUCAAAGAGACAUCGAAUGUGUUCUUUUAAUACCUACUUCCGAAGAAGCCUGUACAGUGAUGGAUGGUCGUACUCAGCAAGUGCCAAGAAAUUGUAGGCGGGCAAUUACAAAAAAAGCGGAUCUGUUUUACCCCGAUCCGGAAUACCGGACGUAUGGUGGAUUUGUUAACUCCAAGCCUCGAUACCUACAAGUUUCAGCAAAUGAAGCUAUACAAUCACUGCAAGAAGAAAUCAGCAUAGCCGAACAAGAAUUAGAACUUGCUACCCAAGAGUUCAGAGAAAUGACACAAAAAAAACGUACUACGAUUGCUAAUCUAACCGAAGUUCAGCAGCAAGUAAGAGAUUUGACUAGGAAGCAAAACCAACUAAGGAGGGAGCUAGAAGAUUGUCGAGAAACCAUUGAAUCUUGUAGUGACAAUACAAUUAACACUUUUAGAAACGAAUUGGAAGAACUUCAGAGGAUUGUUGUGCAAAAGAAAGAGGAAGAAAAUCAUUUAUUAGAAGAACAUCGUCAGUGCAAGAAAAAUGUUGACUCUUUGAGUGUUGAGCUUAAACGUUGUCGUGAUCUUGCACAAAAUCUUGAUGCAAGACUGAACCCUAUUAGAGAUAAAAUUAGAGAACUAAAAGAUGAGAAAAAAAGAUUGAGCACUUCCAAUCAAGGCGCUAUUCGACGAAUGGAAGAAGCUAAACAACAUUUACAAAAAUUAAAUGGUGACCAUCAACAACAACAAAGAGUUGUUAAUUCGAAAAUCGAAGUUGCAGAACAAGCUAGCCCGAGAAUCGAAAUAAAACAGAACUCUGAUCACAUUAAUCACAGAAUAAAAGAACUAAAACUAAUAAUUGUUAAUGUCGAGAAACAAUAUGGUUCCAAAGAAGUACUGAUUGCAGAAUUAAGAGAGAAAGAAGAAAAGUUUAGAGAUUUUCGUGUAGCCGCGAUAGAAGCUGUUAAAUGUAAUCAGAGACAAUUGAAACGUUUACAAAAACGUAAGAAGUUUUAUUUAGAUAUGAAACAGCGCAUUAGUGAAAGAGUACAAGCCUCUUUUACUAAUAUCUUGUCACUUCGAAAUUAUAAGGGACAAAUAACGAUUGAUCAUAAUCAGACAGAACUAAUAUUAGAAGUUACUCCUCAAAAUGAUGCCAAACGACCCACCAAUGAUGCCAAAGCUUUAUCAGGAGGUGAACGUUCCUAUUCUACUGUAGCCUUUAUUUUGGCAUUGUGGGAUAGUACAAGCCUACCAUUUUAUUUUUUGGAUGAAUUUGACGUUUUCAUGGAUAAAAUAAAUCGACGUAUAAUACUAGACAUCCUCUUAAAUUUUGCUAAAGUCAAUUCUAGAAGUCAGUUUGCAUUUUUGACACCUUUGGAUACUUCUCACAUCAUUGCAGACAAUUCCAUAAGUAUUCAUCGACUCGAACCACCAGAGAGGAAUACAUAAAAGUAUUAUUUAAGUUAAACUAUUUUUAAGAUAACUUGUUUUUCUUGAAUUCUUAUAAAGGUUUAUUUAACAAAACCUAUAUCGUUAACGUAUUUAAUAAUUUAUAUGUUCCAAGUUUUGUAUAAAAUGUUCAAAACGUUCGUAAGUGAUGUGCCUAGAUCGGUGCCUUUAGAUAGAUAACAGUUUGUGUACGUGAUCAAUAAAAAAAACGUACAAAUGCA